GCGCAGUCCGGGGCGCGGGGACCGAGCGGGGAGCGCGGCUGGAGCGCGGCGGUUUGCAAAGUAUAGAGAAACAGCCUUGAAAAUGCUGUCCAGACUCUUCCGAAUGCAUGGCCUUUUUGUAGCCUCUCAUCCAUGGGAAGUCAUUGUGGGAACAGUGACUCUCACUAUCUGCAUGAUGUCUAUGAAGAUGUUCACUGGGAAUGAUAAGAUCUGUGGCUGGAAUUAUGAGUGCCCCAAAGUUGAAGAAGAUGUUCUGAGCAGUGACAUCAUCAUCCUGACAAUCACACGCUGCAUAGCAAUUCUUUAUAUAUAUUUCCAGUUUCAGAACCUAAGGCAGCUUGGAUCAAAAUACAUUUUAGGUAUUGCUGGCCUCUUCACAAUCUUCUCAAGUUUUGUUUUUAGUACAGUGGUAAUUCACUUCUUGGAUAAAGAACUGACAGGUUUAAAUGAAGCUUUACCAUUCUUCCUGCUUCUGAUUGAUUUGUCAAGAGCAAGUGCAUUAGCCAAAUUUGCGCUCAGUUCCAACUCACAGGAUGAAGUAAGAGAAAAUAUUUCACGUGGGAUGGCAAUAUUAGGCCCUACGUUUACCCUGGAUGCACUUGUGGAGUGUCUUGUAAUUGGUGUUGGUACCAUGUCAGGUGUACGACAGCUUGAAAUUAUGUGCUGCUUUGGCUGUAUGUCUGUUCUUGCCAACUACUUUGUCUUCAUGACCUUCUUUCCAGCUUGUGUGUCCUUGGUAUUAGAGCUUUCAAGAGAGAGUCGUGAAGGGCGCCCUAUAUGGCAGCUUAGUCAUUUUGCUCGUGUUCUGGAAGAAGAAGAGAAUAAACCAAAUCCUGUGACACAGAGGGUCAAAAUGAUUAUGUCACUGGGUUUGGUUCUUGUUCACGCCCACAGUCGUUGGAUAGCGGAACCAGCUGCUCAAAACAAUACUGUUGAAAAUUCAGUGGGAUUGGAUGAGAAUGCACCAAAGAGAAUUGAACCUAAUGUUUCACUGUGGCAGUUCUACCUUUCUCGAAUGGCCAGUAUGGAUAUUGAGCAAGUAAUCACGCUUGGAUUAGCCCUUCUCCUUGCUGUCAAAUAUAUUUUCUUUGAGCAAGCGGAGACUGAAUCUACGCUCUCACUGAAGAAUCCCAUAACAUCUCCUGUGAUGGUACAGAAAAAGGUCCCUGAAAAUUGUUGCAGGAAGCAGACUGGAGUUCUGAAAAACAAUCAAAACUCUAACACAGGAGAAGAAGCUUUCAUAUCCAAAGAUGAAAGUGCUGAAGUCAUAAAACCUGUAUUAGCAGAGUCAUCAACCAAGGCUACAUUUGUGGUUGGCAAUUCCAGCCCUGUGGAAACUUCUUCAUAUCCGAGUGGAAAAGAGGAAGAGAUUGAGUUACCUAAAGAGCCACGUUCUAUUGAGGAAUGUGUUCGUAUACUUGGAAAUGCACAGGAAGGAGCAAAAUUUCUUACUGAUGCUGAGGUUAUCAGCUUAGUUAAUGCUAAGCAUAUUCCUGCAUACAAGCUGGAAACCCUGAUGGAAACCCAGGAGCGAGGUGUAUCCAUUCGCAGACAGAUGUUAUCUAAGAAACUUCCUGAACCUUCAUCUUUGCAGUAUCUUCCUUACAAGAAUUAUAAUUAUUCUUUGGUGAUGGGAGCUUGCUGUGAAAACGUGAUUGGAUAUAUGCCUAUUCCUGUAGGCGUAGCAGGACCACUGGUUUUGGAUAACAAAGAGUUUCAGGUGCCAAUGGCAACAACAGAAGGGUGUCUUGUAGCAAGCACAAACAGAGGAUGUAGAGCAAUAUGUCUUGGUGGAGGAGCAAGUAGCCGCAUUCUGGCAGAUGGGAUGACUCGAGGACCUGUUGUAAGGUUGCCCACUGCUUGCCAGGCUGCAGAGGUGAAAGUCUGGCUUGAAAGCCCCGAAGGUUUUAAAAUAAUGAAGGAAGCUUUUGACAGCACAAGUAGGUUUGCCCGCCUACAAAAACUUCUCAUCAGUUUGGCUGGUCGUAACCUUUAUAUCCGGUUUCAGUCUGGAACAGGGGAUGCAAUGGGAAUGAAUAUGAUUUCAAAAGGUACUGAAAAAGCACUGGUGAGGCUGAAUGAAGAGUUUCCUGACCUUCAAGUUAUAGCUAUCAGUGGUAACUACUGUACAGACAAAAAACCUGCUGCUAUAAACUGGAUAGAAGGAAGAGGAAAGUCUGUUGUCUGUGAAGCAGUCAUUCCAGCUAAGGUUGUUAGAGAAGUGUUGAAAACAACUACGGAAGAUCUAGUUGAAGUUAAUAUAAACAAAAAUUUGGUGGGUUCUGCGAUGGCUGGUAGCAUUGGUGGCUACAACGCACAUGCAGCAAACAUUGUGACAGCGAUCUACAUUGCCUGUGGUCAGGAUGCUGCGCAGAAUGUGGGCAGCUCCAACUGCAUCACUUUGAUGGAGAGAACUGGUUCCACCAAUGAAGACCUGUACAUCAGCUGCACAAUGCCUUCUAUAGAAAUAGGGACUGUUGGUGGAGGCACCAACCUGCUCCCACAGCAGGCCUGUUUGCAGAUGUUAGGGGUUCAAGGUGCAAGCCAAGAUAACCCUGGUGAAAAUGCCCGUCAGCUUGCUAAAAUUGUUUGUGCUACGGUGAUGGCAGGGGAAUUGUCAUUAAUGGCUGCUCUUGCAGCCGGGCAUCUAGUCAAAAGCCACAUGAUCCACAACAGGUCAAAGAUAAAUCUACAGGAUCUUCAAGGAACCUGCACUAAAAAGGCAGCUUGAAUACUAAAAUGGGUUUGAAAUGAAGAAUUGUUUUAGGAACUGACCAGGUGCACAAGGAAAAAAAACCAAAAUCUAUGAAGUUUAGAAUAAAGAUUGCCUUCAACUCAGUGAUGUCUGUGUAAGAGAAACUAAGAGAUCAAGACUCGAGACUAGCUAUGCUUGACCUUCUUCAGUGGUUAGAAACUGUGAAAAGAAGUCCUGUCAGAUAUCUUUCAAAUUCUUACUCUUACAAAAAUUCUUUCAUGCUUUCAAACUCUUACACAUUUUCUGAAGAGUCAGUCUAAUGUUUUUACAGAUUGAGAUUAUUUUGCCUAAUAAGGUCCUGGUAACUGCUAAACUGAAAAGUAAUGUAAUGUACUUUGUACAUUUAAAGUAACAAAACAAAAGAAGUUGGUGUAAACUUGGAUUGAAUGCACUGGUCCUUGCCAUCUUUAUUUUCUGGUUAAGCAAGCAUGUUUUUAAAGUGAUGGCAAGCCUAAUCACUUUCUAUGAACUCCCAGUUUUAAUUUGUUCACAUGUAAAUCAGGUCUUAGGCUAUCAGACAGUUUAAUUGAAUUAUAUUAGUUUAAUAGAAAUCUCUGUCUAUAUAUAGUACUUAAUUUGCUGCUGCUUCAGCUAAGCAGUGUUCAGUGUUUAAGUCCACAAUCUAGGUUAUUCCUUUAUGUAAAACUUGUGAUCUUUUAUAUUUUGAACUGUUAAAUAUAAUCUGUACUGAAGUAGGGAAGAACAGUGUCUUCAACUGUUUUGGUACUUUGUAGAAAAAAUGAAAUGGCAACUUCAAAACAGUUAUGUGUCAGACAGAUAUUUAAGCAAAUGUAGUUUCUCAGAGAAACAUCAUUUGAUAGGAGUGCAUUCAAACAGGAGUCAAGAACAGAUGUUCAAGAACAGAUGUUUACACUUACUUAACAAGAAUUCUCUUUAGGAACAUACAUACACAUUGUGUACCUUAUGUUGGGGAUUUUUAUAAGGUGUUUAACGCUUAUUCUCCAAGAAUAGAUGUUUAUCCACCAUUUCAGCUGAAAUAAAACUAAGCCAGAAGACCAUGCUGUUCUUAUAAAAAAAAAGGAGGGGAUUUUUUUUUUCUUUUAAAUUUCCUUUUGAACUUUCUUUUUGAGGUGGGGAAUAUUUAUUUUAAGAAUAAAUCUUAGCUUUUUUGUCAAUGAAAAGUACUAAUUAAGGGGAUUCAUUGAAAUGACAUGUUAAUGUAAGAAGCAGUUUUUGUAAUAAAAUACUGUACUUGGACCAGUGAA